AUACCAAAAAGAAGAGCAUGAACAUUUUGACAAACAUUCUGUACCACUUCAGGUCCUUAACCAUAGCGUUUCUAGCUCAUCUGGGUCUGCUAAAUCUAUCAGAACAGACAAAUCGUUCCGCAGAAGAAGAAGAAGAAGAAGAAAGUCGUCCGAAUUAUCUUCUGGACAUAGACGGUGGCUCACCUUUCGUAGUGCCGGUUCCUCUCCACAUUUUAACGGCAUACAUCAAGAGAAAGCUUCCAAUUGCGGAACUUGGUCAACUUCAGCAAGGUGUGGAUAAUUAUGAAUGGUUUUGUUGUAUUUGCUUGGAAUUAUUGGAGAGAAGCCAUGAAGUCAGAGAGCUGUCCAACUGUGACCAUGUUUUUCACAGAGGAUGUCUUGAUAGUUGGGUUGAUCAUGGCCAAGUCACUUGUCCUCUGUGCAGAUCAAUGUUAUUUCCGGCUAAAGAUGGCAGGGAAAUCUUGAAGCAAAUCCGUGGAGGAAAUUUAUGAGACAAAUGUGUGCUUGUUGAAGGGGGGGAAAAAAUUGUGUAAGAGUUUUUGAGAGAGGCAACUUUGAUUGGAUAUUACAAACACCACUUGUGUUUUCUCCAAACUAUUGGAAAUUAUGUCUACUGUGGUGGCUCAUAGUUCCUAUUUAGUUUCUGAUUUGCACAA